GCUGCGAGUGGCAGUGCAAAACUUUUAAGGGACACGGGUCACCACCAGGGAGUGGAGGAAGACUUAAGUAGGCAGGAUCCACAGGCAGAAGCAAAGAAGGUGCACAGUCAGGCAACAGGUGUGACUACACCAGCAGCUUGCCCCUUCCCACCCACAAGAGCAUGGGCGGUGCCACGGAGCCAGGGCGGGGCGACCUUUGCUCGAUCCUUAAGCCAUUUGGGCAGGCGGGGCCUAAAGACCUGGCCGGGGUGGGGUGUACGGGUCCUCAGAGUCCGAGGUCGCCUCUUACCAGGUGUCCCUGCCGCUCCUGCCCCUCCCAUAGGGUAGGGUUUGGCCGCGGGGGCCGAACCUGGGUGCGCGGUUUCGGUCUGACCCGACUCAAAGCGAGUUUCGAUUAGGGACAGCGGUUGGGCGAGAGGGCGGAGCAGUCGGGAGGAGAGAGAGGAGGGGACCUGGUGCAAGAAGCUCAGUGGAGAUAGUCCCGCGCGGGAGACGAAGAACGUCGAGAGAGCGCAAGAGCAUCUCCGCUAUCCAGCUAGGCAGCCUCGCAGAUUUGGAGACCCUGGGUCUGGGGUGCGCUGCAGAGCAAGCACGGGUGCUGGGGACCCGCGAAACUACAAGGGAUGAGGACCCCGGUGGUGAUGAUUCUGGGCAUGGUGUUCACGCCCUGCGGGCUGCUGCUCAAUCUCAUCAGUACGUUGGCCCCGGGCUGGCGGCUGGUGAAGGGCUUUCGAGACCAGCCACUGGACGUGGUGCUGUACCAGGGUCUGUGGGACAUAUGUCGCGAACAGAGCAGCCGCGAGCGCGAGUGCGGCCAGCCCGACGAGUGGAACUACUUCCAAACCGAGCCUGUGCAGGCGGCCCGGGGACUCAUGAUUACGUCACUGGCCAUCACCGCCCUGGGGCUGCUGCUGGCGUCGCUCGGCGUGCGCUGCUGGCAAGAUGAGCCCCACUUCGGGCUAGCUGGCCUCUCGGGCAUCGUGCUUUUCGUCGCGGGCCUCUUCAGCCUCAUCCCAGUCUCCUGGUACAACCACUUCUUGGGGGACCGCAGCGUCCUACCCGCCCCGGACAGCCCGGUUACCGUGGAAGUCAGCUAUAGCCUGGUGCUGGGCUACCUAGGCAGUUGCUUGCUGCUGCUGGGCGGCUUCUGCCUGGCACUCAGCUUUGCGCCCUGGUGCGAAGAGCACUGCCGCCGCUGUCGCAAGGCGCCCCCCGCAGGUCCGCGCCGCAGCAGCAUCAGCACGGUCUACGUGGACUGGCCGGAACCCGCGCUCACACCGGCCAUCAAGUACUACAGCGAGGGCCAGCAUCGGCCUCCUCCCGCCGAGCACCGGGCCACCAGCAAGCUCAAGGUCGGAUUCCCGAUGCCACGGCCGCCACCCAAGGCCUACACCAACCCAAUGGAUAUGCUUGAGGGAGAAGAGAAGAAGACAGCCACCUCCCAAGGCGGUUCCUCCUCUCGCAGCACUCGGCCCUGCCACAGUUCGCUGCCCUGUGACUCAGACCUGUAGACAGCUCACCCACCUUCUACCUGAGCUCCGCCUGGGGUCUGAAGGGGACUUGAACUGUGCGUUUCCAUGACAUCUGCGACCAGAACCUUGGACACCUUGCUGUUUGGAGGGCAAACCUCCCUUUCCGGGGACCAAACUCCUUCCCAGAUACUAGGCUGGGUUCAUUUACUUUUAAGGAGUUUCACUUUUCUGGAGAGGGAGCUGUUUUCUUAUGCAGUGACAAGAGUGAGUGGUGUUUUGCAUACUGUAAAUCACAGUAGCAACAACAACAAAAUCGCAGCCAGCCUAGGGGCUUUAAAAAGGUGCAACACGCUGAAAGUACAGUAUUUCUAAGAUACCCAUGAGUCUUCGUAAAUGUCACUAUUGAGAUGGUUGGUUUUUUGUUUUGUUUGUUUUUGUUUUCCCUCCCUGCUUCAGUUUCCAAAGAACCCAAACAGCCAAAAAUGUAAGUCUGGAUGGCUAUGUUUGAAGGAUGUUCUAUACAGCCAGCAGUUUCAAAGGCUUUUAUGAAGUGAAGUAACUUGUUCAACUCAUAUUUAUAUGUCUUCGUGCAUACGCAGUAUUUAUCUUUUCUAAUCACUUAUUCCUAUAUAGGAGCUUGAGCUUAUUUAAGAGAUUGUCUUCCAGAAGCCAGAAGAAUAAAAAAGUUAACACUACACUAUUCUUUUCCUUCACUAGAUACCUCACCCUGAACAGAGGUAUAUUUCACACACAAAAAAAAGAACUCUUAAGUUGAGUUUGGCUCAAGUCCAUAUGUAUGUAUCUUAUUUAUAAAUAAAAAUUUAAAUCUCAGUUUCAGUAUCCCUACAAAA